CUGAAAACUGCUAUAUGUACAGGUGAUAUGAUCUGAAUUGACCCACAUAUGCAUCGAUGACGCCAGCCUUAAGAUUUUCACGGGGGUAGAUGCUUGGCCGAGGGAUUCAUCCGAGGUUGAGCUCCAACCUGCGAUUGUUCAGAAACAGGUCUAGAAGUAGUGCCGUAGAUCCUGAGAGAAAGUGCAGAUCAAAGAUAAAGACUUGUAUCUUCUGUUGCCCACUUAGCCUUUCGGUGCUCUCGUCCAUAUUCUGUUGACACGACCAGCUUCCGUAGACCAGCAUCAUUCAAUCUACUUCCUAAGUUCAUAUAUACACCUAUCAGAGAGUCACUCAAGAGCAAAAUGGCAGACGCAAACAAAGGUGCCAAAAUCACCCUAUACUGGCUGGAACAUUCCCGCGCCCAGCGCAUCCUCUGGCUCCUCGAGGAACUGCACCUCACCUACGAGCUCAAGACCUUCAAGCGCGGUGCCGACAUGCUAGCCCCAAAGGAGCUCAAAGACAUCCAUCCGCUAGGCAAAUCCCCGGUCAUCAGCAUCGAGACCCCCGGCGCCCACAAGCCGCUGGUUCUCGCCGAGUCCGGGCUGAUCAUGGAGUAUCUGUGCGAUCAUUUCGGGGGCGACAGGCUCAAACUCAUCCCGCAGCGCUAUGCCGCAGGCAAGGAGGACCAGGUAGGCGGCGAGACCGAUGAGUGGAUGCGGUAUAGGUACUACAUGCAUUACACGGAAGGCAGCUUCAUGCCGUUUUUGGUGAUGCAGUUGGUGAUGAAUAGUGAGCAUCAGGAACGCCCCGUCCCGUUCUUCAUCAAGCCGUUGACGGGCAUGGUCGCGUCAAAGGUUGAGCAGGCGUUCGUCACGCCGAACUUGACCUCCCACUUUGAGUUCCUUGAGGAUCAGCUGAAGACUGCGCCGGGAGGCGGGCCUUACCUCUGUGGCAAGGAGCUGACUGCUGCGGAUAUCAUGAUGAGCUUCCCUCUUAUUGCGUCCUUGGUUAAAAUGCCCGAUCUCCAGGCUCGGUAUCCGAGGUUGGCGGAGUACACGGACAAAUUGCAGGACAUGGAUGGAUACAAGAGGGCUGUUGCGAAGGUAGAAGAGAUAGAGGGGUCGUUCUCUGCGUAUGCGUGAUUGAGAUUCCUGGGUCCGGGGAUUUCAAGCUGAAUAUCUUGCUGAAUAUCAUGACUUUAUGUUUGUCAAAGCUCGACUUAUUGGAUAUAGGCAUUUGUCGCUGUAAGAACAAAAUGUCAACAAUAAUAAUGGAUAAGUACA